AUGCGGAAUCUUCAAGCUGCCACAAGAAAUGUUUUUAUACAUGAGAUGGCACCAUAUAGCUGGAUCAAUGUCACCUUAGUAACGCAAGACAUACAAGUAGAAAGGAAAGAUAUAUUACAGACAUGUUUGAAGCAAGAUUCGAAACCCGGAUCUUCCUGGUCAAACCUCUCCCAUACUGGGUCAUACCCAUCUCAUGGAUUGAAGUUUCAUCCAAUUUCUAAAUUAAAUUAUAAGGAAUAGCCAUUAUAUAAAAUUUGACAAAACAAAAUAUGCACUCCUCUAUGGCUAGUUUAUAGCAUACAACUGACCAUAGAGGAGUGCGGUAUCAAGCAUUAUUCGUACGGUUUCAAGGAUGCAUUCGGAAACUGGACUGGAAUGAUGGGAAUGAUCGCAAGGAACGAAACUGACAUGGCAUUCACCUACAUAAGUGUCACCGAAGAGAGGUCAUUUGUUGCAGAUUUCAGCGUACCUUACUACAAUCUUGAAAAAACUUUUAUAAUGAAUCACGCUUCAUUCUUGCCAAAAACAGCAGCAUUCGCGUAUCCUUUCAGCAGUCUCACAUGGAUUUUAUUUUUUGCCGUACUGCUCUUAAUGACAGUGCUAUUUCGAUCUUUGAUUGCACCAAAAGACUCAAUGAUUUCGGUUUUCAUCAAUGUGUGGGGAUCUUCUUUCGCACAAGGAAUAAGCUACAAUCCUCGUUCACUGUCCAGGCGGAUACCACUUGGAAUUUGGCUCAUUUAUUCAUAUUUUCUGAUUCUAGGUUACAGCUCUGUCCUGUUAUCAUUUUUGACGUCCCCAAUCAAAAUGAAACAAAUAAAAGAUUUCAAAGAUCUCUACACCGCAGUCAGAGAGGGGAAAAUGGAGUGUCUGGCUGCGGGUCCCACCCUUGAAGCAGAAUAUUUGUCUGAAAGCAUUGUACCUCAUUUCAAAGGAUUAGGGGAAUACAUUAAAAAGAAUAAAUGGUACUUCUAUCCGAAUAUCAGCCAAAUUGUUCCAGAAGACGUAGCAAUACUUGGGAACCCCACGUUUUUGCGAAUAUUUUUCGGGCCCCCUGAAAUGUACUUUUAUUCGAAAGAUAUUUUUGGAGAUUUUCCUUCAGGUGUUGCAAUCAGGAAAGAUUUUUGCUGCAAAGAGCGCUUCAAUCAAAUGAUACUCCGAAUUUUGAGUGGCGGCUUAUAUAAAAAAUUCGCGAACGAUGUCGUUUUCAAAAUCGAAUUAAAGAGAAAUUUGAACAGUAAUUAUUCUCAUAGUGCAUUAACCUCACCUUUAAGGUUAUCAGAUUUAAGUGGUGUGUUUAUUAUACUUGGGAUAGGCUGGGCAGUGGCUAUUUUUACUUUGAUAAUGGAAAUCACCUACAGCCUAUGGUUACGCUCAAAACCCCAGCAAACCUGA